UCAUACUAAAAUUUGCAGAAAUGGAAACGAUCAAUCCCACGUUCUCGUACCUCACCAAUCUGGAGGUAAUGCAGAUUCUACAGAAGAUCAAAAGCACCAAAAAGAAGUUCGGCAUGCGCAACUUGGCCACGGUUACCUAUGAGGCACUGCAGUAUCUGGAGGAGUCGCCCUGCAAGACACAAACUCGUGAGAACAUUAUGAAUUACGUUAAAGACCUGUCUUCUUAUCGUCUAAAGUCCCAAGAGAUCCUGCAAAUGAUCAACGAUCCGCCUACAAGUGCACUACACACGCAACUGCUCAUCGACGACAAUAAAGCUCCACUAACCGAUGAGGAGAACGAGAAAAUCAUUCAGCUGAGCUACAAACACUUCCAUGGUGGAGAAACCAAAGGCGCUGCUAAGGAAACACCGGCGGAAAAGCCUGCGGAGUCCACUGCGAAGGCCGGCAAGCAAUCUGGCGUAAAGCGUAAUGCCCAGGCAAAAUCCAAUCCAGCGGAACAAAUAGCUCCAGCGGACAAAACCACGCCAGGUGAUGGAGUUACUCCUGCGAAUGUCGCUACUCCUUCAAGUGAAGCCACUACUACUACUCCAGCAGAAGAAGCAAGCCCAGUGGAAACAUCGUCUUCAGAAAAUAAUGCUACUCCAGCAAAUGAAGCCACUACAGCGCCUGCAACGGAUGCACCCACUUCAAUGGAAACCAAGUCCAAUCCGACACCAGAUGGAGAAAACCUCGGGUAGCAGCCGCCAAAAUAACCCAUCCGCUUAUUACGUUUAACGUUUCAUAUAUUUAUGUUGAUGGAGCGUAUAAAAUAAGCUAAAAAAAAAGGUUUGAAGACGAACUCACCUCAAUGGGCAUCGUGCAGUGGCCACAGUACUUCAUCUGGAUCGGAUAGGUGACGCCUUCGCGCGGACCCAACUGUAGGCGGUCGGCGACGCUGUUGGUGCCCACAUCUUCGUUCGUCAUUGCGGAUCGGAUUAACUGCCUGGGAUUUGCUCCGGGUUAUUGAAAUAUUAAAAUAAUGACAGUUUUAAGAAGUCGGCUACUGCAAACUGACCGUUUUUGUUUAGGCUCGUAAAAUAUACUAACAUUGACACAUGUUAAAUAAAUACCUACCUAAAAUAUACCUUUAUUUAAAUCG